GGCGGGGGCAGCGUCGCGGAGCUGUCGCCAUAUUGGGAGCGCUGGGGCCGGCGGAGAGUGACAGGCGGAGGCGGAGCGGAGCCGAGCCGAGCCGGACCGGGCCGGCCGGGUGAGCAGGAGAUUACAUACUGACUGGACUUCAUGACCGUAAAUUCCUGAGCCUGCUGAGCUCCCUUCUUCCCACCAUGGACCAGGAUUACGAGAGACGUUUGCUGCGCCAAAUCAACAUCCAGAACGAGAACACAAUGCCCUGUGUAGCAGAAAUGAGAAGAACCCUGACGCCUUCCAAUUCUCCCAUGUCUUCUCCUAGUAAGCAUGGUGAUAGAUUCAUUCCUUCAAGAGCUGGGGCCAACUGGAGCAUCAACUUCCACAGAAUAAAUGAAAAUGAAAAAUCACCAAGUCAAAACAGAAAAGCAAAGGAUGCUACAUCGGACAAUGGCAAAGAUGGCCUUGCUUACUCUGCCUUGCUGAAGAAUGAACUCCUGGGAGCAGGCAUUGAGAAAGUGCAAGACCCACAGACAGAAGACAGGAGGCUGCAGCCAUCCACCCCAGAGAAGAAGUCUCUCUUCACUUACUCGCUCAGCACGAAACGCUCCAGUCCAGAUGAUGGCAAUGAAGUCUCACCCUAUUCCCUGUCUCCUGUCAGCAACAAAAGUCAGAAGCUGCUGAGAUCCCCUCGGAAACCAACUCGGAAAAUUUCAAAGAUUCCUUUCAAAGUGCUGGAUGCUCCAGAGCUGCAGGACGACUUCUACCUGAACCUAGUGGACUGGUCCUCUCUUAAUGUCCUCAGCGUUGGCCUUGGGACUUGUGUUUAUCUCUGGAGUGCUUGUACCAGCCAGGUGACCCGUCUGUGUGACCUGUCUGUGGAAGGAGAUUCAGUGACAUCUGUGGGCUGGUCAGAACGGGGGAACUUGGUAGCUGUUGGCACUCACAAGGGCUUUGUACAGAUCUGGGAUGCAGCUGCGGGAAAAAAGCUCUCCAUGCUCGAGGGGCACACAGCCAGAGUUGGUGCCUUGGCAUGGAAUGCAGACCAGCUGUCCUCUGGGAGUCGUGACAGGAUGAUCCUUCAGAGGGACAUCCGCACUCCUCCCCUGCAGUCUGAGCGGCGGCUCCAAGGCCACAGACAGGAGGUCUGUGGGCUCAAGUGGUCAACUGACCACCAGCUCUUGGCCUCUGGAGGAAAUGAUAAUAAGCUCCUUGUCUGGAAUCAUUCCAGCCUGAGCCCUGUCCAACAGUACACAGAGCACCUUGCAGCAGUGAAGGCCAUUGCCUGGUCUCCACACCAGCACGGGCUGCUGGCCUCUGGUGGUGGCACUGCCGACCGCUGCAUCCGCUUCUGGAACACACUGACGGGGCAGCCGCUGCAGUGCAUUGACACUGGCUCGCAGGUCUGCAACCUGGCCUGGUCCAAGCAUGCCAACGAGCUUGUGAGUACCCACGGCUACUCGCAGAACCAGAUCCUGGUCUGGAAGUACCCCUCGCUGACUCAAGUGGCCAAGCUAACAGGGCACUCCUAUCGAGUCCUCUACCUGGCAAUGUCCCCUGAUGGGGAGGCCAUAGUGACAGGAGCUGGAGAUGAGACCUUGCGCUUCUGGAACGUCUUCAGCAAAACUCGCUCCACGAAGGAGUCUGUGUCCGUUCUCAACCUCUUCACCAGGAUACGAUAAGCCCCAGGUGCUGUGACCUAGGAGACUGCAGCCUGCUGCCAUACCAGGAUCAAACCACUACCUUGGUGUGCUUGGAACCCCAACCAGCCAGCAGGGGAGGGAGUGCCUGUGGGACUGGAAGAUGGACCCCAGAGAUGCUCAUUAAAUAUGUGCUUGUGAACCAUGCUAGGCGGUGUUUGGGAUGCAGCUGGGGAGGGAAGGGAACUGCCAAAGGUCUCUGGAUUCAUCCUUCAUGAAGGACCAAGGGGUCCAGCAGAAAGGUCAAACCAGCACCCUGCACCCGCAACCUCUUCUUGUGGACUGGCACAAACAUGUCUGACGUGGACCACCCUGGCUGAACCAAGGCCCUUCCAGCUGCUGUGUUGUCCCUUCUUGGGAGAGAUGGGACUAUCCAUGCCUCUGCCCUGACAGGUUUGAUGUGCUGCUCUGGCAUACUCUGGCUUUGGAUGGACAUUUGGAAGGUAGGAGCCAGCCAGACUUGUUCAAUACAACUGGUGCAAGGAGGCUAGACUCCAGGGUGGGCAUUAGCCUCUGCUCUUUUAAGGGCAUUGUUUCUGGCCUGGCAUCCCUAUUACACAGAGGAACUGGAGAGCUGCCUUUUUUUUAUUAUUCUCCAAAUAGGUGCUGCAGUGCUUCCUGCAGUGCUCAGCAGACAGCUGGAGUCUGGCAUGCUGGACAGCUGCCUUCAGACAAACCAUUUUGGGCUCUAAACUCUGGAGGAAACUUGAGGCGGCUCAGUCUCUGAGAAGCAUCUUCAUAAGGUUCUGAAAUUGCUCUUGCAUGUCCUGAGCCCAUCCUUGUAGUUAAGAGAGGAAAACCAAUGGCUUUAAACCAAGCAGAAACCAAACAAACCAACGAGUACCACGCCUGUGCAGCAUCCUUCGGUGCCAUUUGUGGCUGCUGCUUGCUCUGUAGUCUUCUGAGGACAAAAGCAGCUGAGAUGUGUUCGUGAAACCAAACAACUCCUGUGGAUUUUUUUUUUUUUUUCGGAAGGAGCGUAGCACCUGCUGGCUGGCAGGGGGGCAGUGCCCUCUGGGCACGUUCUGUCUCUUAAAGCAGGCAGGAAAUGCUGCUUUUUAGUGUCGCACCUCCAGGUCAAGGCCAGGGAGCUGGUGUUGGGUUUGCUGUUUUGAAGUCGUGGGGGAGGAGAGUGCUGGGAGCCUGUGGGAGGAGUGCCGCGGGCGGGGCCGCAGAGCACUCUUCUGCAUGUGUUGCUGUUAAAGAAGCUGCUGAGCUUGCAGCCUCUUCCUGCCUCACUCUGUGCUUGUGCCAAUGCUCUGUCCACCGUGUACCCGGCUCCUGCUCACCCCAUGCCCUCUCCAGUAUGCUGGGGUGCCAGUGCUGUUGUUUUCUCCUGUGUGGAUUUCCCUGGCUCUGUAUAUAGACCUUGCCCUGCUCUCUGUGGGUUGCACAGGCAACGCUGCUCUCUUUUUUGUUGCUUUUUGUUUCUCUCUUUCCCUGGAAGCAGACUGAGGGGUGGUGGUAGGAAUAGCGUUGCCUCUGCCCAGUGCCACUGGUAUCCUUAGGGUGAGCUGGUAAGCUGCCGGGAGGCUGGUGUGGAAAAGGGCGGUGAGCUACCCUGCAGUGCACUGCAGCCUUGACCACUUGUGCCUGCCUCAGGCCCUUGGUGCUGCCUCUGCAUGUUUGAAGGCACUUCUAAGGAGCUGGCACACCAGGAGCUCACUGCUGCUUAGCAGCCUGGCUCCUUGAGUCCCACAGCUGAGACUGGCAGCUGCAGUGUCCCCUUGCAGCCUCACUUGCCUCCAAGCUGUGGUUUCAGGGUAACUCCUGACCCAGCUCCUUUCACUGCAGAUCUUGGGGUGGGAGCACAGGGUUUGGUUUAAAAGUCAUUUGCUGGGCUCCCAGACCCUGUCUUGCUGCUUGUGACAUUCAUUGGCACUGUGACACUUCAUCAUGUGUCAGGACAACCACAGAGCACUGAGAGGUAAGUUGGCACACAAGGUUUGAAGUCACAGCUGCCUGACCUGUGUGACGUUGCCCUGGUGAGCAGCAGAGCAGUGGCAGCGGUUGCGGUCAGGUGGAGGUGGUGGGUAGCUGUUGCUGUGGAUUUGUGUCUCAUGCCCAGGCUCUGAGGCUGUUGCUUUCUCCUCUGGGAGAAAUCAGACGGUUAGCAUAGGGGUGCACAGCAGGCCUCAGCCGUGGGGUGAUCACACACUGAUUUGUGUCUGUUCUGGAGCAGGAGGAGGGAGUGAGGCAGCCCAGUCAGAACACGAGGUGACAGGGCUUGAGCACAGCCCUGCUGGACCUCCCCACAGGACUACCGAGGUACAGAGCUGCCUUUGCCUCUCACCAGGGGCCCUGGGAGCUGCUGGGGCAGUGGCAGUGCUGCCUAGGAACGUGCCCUGUGCUGCAUCCCAGUGCUCCCUGCACUGCUAGCAUCCAGCUGCACUCCAGGGUGUGAUGGAAAGGGAUAGCUCCUCACUGCCCAGUCCUUCAUUGGCACCAAGGGCUUUCACAAACCACAUCUCUGUUUUCUUCCUUGGGAGCUGCCUUGGGACUGGGUUGGCUCAUUGUGACUUCUCUCAUCAUGCUUGGCAGGGAGGACCAAGUGAUUGCCAGGCCACAGCUGUUCUGCAUCUGAGCACAUUGGUUGACAGUGAGCUGUUCUGAUUGCCUUAGCUGUGAGCGGGGCACAGGCUCCUUCCCCCAUCCUGCUUGCAGCUGCCAGGGCAGGAGUGGCAGUCCCAGAAGUCGUCUCUGCAGGUGCCGCACUGCAGGAGGGUGUGGGCACACUGAGCAGUCUGAUGCUGGCCAGAGGGCAUCACCUGGGGAAAAGGGCAAAGCUCAGGGCAGCUUCAGGCUGUGUGCACUGAACCCUGAGGGCUGAGCAGGCCCUCCAGAGUCUGUGAUUAACGUCUGCGACGUGUGGCAUUGUUCUGUGUAAGGCAUCAUGUGGGAAGGAAUUCCAGAGAGCAUUGCAAUCUGACUGGCAUUAAACAAGUUGUGAAUUGA